CGUGACGUCACGCGCAUGCGUGCUCCGUGUUGUGUAAACGAAGCUAACGGUGGAUGUCGAAAGUUUGGAUAAAAACUCGCUUUUAAAGGAUGGGCCAGGAGAUCUCGGGUCAGGCGGUGGUCCGCCAUCUGCCUGAAAAGCUGCUGAAGCACGCGGGACUGGUGCGUGACGGCGGCCACCUCACCUACGAGGAGUUCCUGGCACGAGUGGCCGAGCUCAACGACGUGACUGCCAAGCUGGCGGCGGGGCAGCAGAAACACCUCCUGUUCGAGGUGCAGCCCGGGUCGGACUCCUCCAUCCUGUGGAAGGUGGCGGUCAGGAUCCUCUGCACCAAGAUCAACAAGGAGAACGGCGUGGUGGAGGCGUCGCGCAUCAUGAACCUGUACCAGUUCAUCCAGCUGUACCGCGACGUCACCAGCCAGGCGGCCGAGGUCCUGUCAGCCGAGGGGGGGGCGGCCCCCGUCUCCUCGGCCCAGCUGCCCUCCGCAGAGUCCUGCCAGGCCAGCAUGUGGAUGGGGAAGGUGAAGCAGCUGACGGACCAGGAGGAGUGCUGCAUCUGCAUGGACGGCAAGGCCGACCUCAUCCUGCCCUGCACCCACAGCUUCUGCCAGAAGUGCAUCGAUAAAUGGAGUGGGCGGAGCCAGAACUGCCCCAUGUGCCGCCUCCAGGUGACGGCCACCAACGACUCCUGGGUGAUUUCCGACUUCCCGUCGGAGCAGGACGUGGCCCGCUACAUCCUGAACCUGGCGGACGACGCGGGGUAUCCCCACCAGCCCUGAGGGGGGAGGGGAUACCCCCACCGGCCCUGACACCCCCACAUCUGGCAGAUGUGCCCCCUCCCCCCUCGUAGAGCAGACGCUCACCUGCCGAAACACAAACUAUCACCUCACUGUGAAGAUGUUGGAGCAGGAGGAAGAGCAGGUCUGCCUCCUCGAGGGGGGGGCGGGUCUGGACCCCCCCGGGGUCCCGCCCACCGCCACAUAAUUGGAGACUCUAAACUGCCCCCCCCUCCCCCGCCGAAGGAGUAUAAAGUGAUGGACGGACGGGUCUCUAAAUGUCCUGAUGACUCACUGAGAAGGAGGCCCCGCCUCUUUUAGGCCCCGCCCCCUUUAGGGGGCGUGUUUUUUUGGGACUGUGUGUCACAUGUCACGUUUGGCGCUAAAAUAUGUUAAGAUUAUUUAACACACAGAUGGUCCCAGGUGCAGCAGGAGCUGACCCGGGUCGGACUGAGUUGAGGUUAAUGUAGCACUUUAAGAAACUAACCAUGUUGUGAUGUUGCCUUUAUUUAACCCCGAUAGAAUCCA